AGAUGCGAGUUGAAUGUUUGUUGGGCUUGGCCUUCAAAUCUGAGAUGUUUUGAAAUUGGAAGAGGUAGGCCUCAGGCUUGAUUCCCUUUUUAGGUUGAACGGGCCAGGAAGGUUUAUGGUCGCUGCUCUCUCUGUGAUCUCUAAUCCAUCAGGUUUAUCUUGCCCCUUCUCCAUGGCUGCACUUCUUGGAAAUUGCCUUAGAACCACCCGUGUCCCUCUCGACCCAUCACCUUCUUGUGCCCUUUACCUUGCUUACUGUAAUAAUUGUUCUCGUGCUCUUUCUUCUCUCUUCGUUUCUUCUUUGGAUAAAACUGAGAGUCCCCAUUUUGCCAAGCGUAAACUUGAUUGUCGAGAGCAAUGUCUGGACUCGACAACACAAGCAGACAUAGGGAUUCUUGUAGCGAAAGUUCGAGUUGGGAAUAGUCUUGAUGAGAUUCUUCAAUCUCUUGCGCAUGAUCAAUUGUGUAAUAGCAUACAGCUUUCUCCCGUUCUUGUUAACAAACUGUUGUUCCAGUUUAAGGAUGAUUGGAAAUCUGCAUUGGGUGUCUUUAGAUGGGCAGAGUCGCGUGGCUAUAAGCAUACAUCAGAAGCUUAUGAUACGUUGGUGGACAGUCUGGGGAAAAUGAAACAAAUGGAUGAGAUGACGGCUUUGUUAGAGGAAAUGCAGAAAGGUCAACUUGUUACACUUAAGACACUAGGUAAGGCUAUGAGAAGGUUUUCUGGGGCAGGGCAAUGGGAAAAUGCUGUAAGGUUAUUUGACAAGUUAGGAACUUUUGGGUUGGAGAAGAAUACUGAGUCUAUGAACUUGUUGUUGGACACCCUUUGCAAAGAACGCAAAGUGGAGCAAGCCCGUGAGAUAUUCUUGGAGCUCAAAUCUCACAUUUCUCCAAAUGCUAACACAUUUAACAUUUUUAUUCAUGGUUGGUGCAAAAUCAAUCGUGUUGAAGAAGCAUAUUGGACAAUUCAGGAAAUGAGAGGACAUGGUUUUCUUCCUUGUGUCAUAAGCUAUUCCACCAUUGUCCAAUUCUAUUGCCGUAGAUGUGACUUCAGCAAGGUUUAUGAGCUCCUUGAUGAAAUGGAAGCCCUAGGAUCCACACCUAAUGUUGUUACUUACACCACUGUGAUGAGUGCACUGGCAAAAUCAGAGAAGUAUGAAGAGGCUUUGCAAAUAGCCCAUAGGAUGAAGUCAGUUGGAUGUAAACCUGAUACACUUUUUUACAAUUCUCUGAUCCAUUCAUUAGGGAGAGCUGGCAGACAACAGGAAGCUGUUCAUGUUUUUGAGGAGGAGAUGCCAAGUACUGGUGUCUCCCCCAAUGCAUCUACAUACAAUUCCAUGAUUGCCAUGUUAUGCCAUCAUGCUCAAGAACUAAAAGCUUUGAAACUGCUUAAGGAGAUGGAAACUUCAAGGAUCUGUAAGCCUGAUGUUCAGACUUACUACCCAUUGCUUAAGUCAUGCUUUAGAACCGGCAAGGUAGAUAGUCUGUUGCGUCAAUUAUUGGAUGACAUGAUUAAAAAGCAUAAUCUCAGUCUUGAUGUAUCAGCCUACACACUUUUAAUUCAUGGACUUUGUAGAGCAAACCAAUGUGAAUGGGCCUACCGCUUGUUUGAGGAAAUGAUUGGUAAAGAUAUAAUGCCUAGAUAUCAGACAUGUCAGUUGCUCUUGGAAAAUGUCAAGCUAAAGCAUUUGUAUGAUGCUGCUAAGAAAAUUGAAAUUGUUAUGCAGAAACUAUAAACAUAAGAUGCAACACAGGUAUUUUUUUCCCUUUUCUUUAUUAUUGUUUAUAAUGUUCUCAAUUGUUUCAAAGACAAAUGGCUAAUGAAUGGUUUUGAGAAAGAUUUCUGGUAAAAUGGAUCAUUUCUUUGGCAAUUAAUCCCUUAGAAAUAAUAAAAGAAGCAAAUUAACAGAAAAAUAUAGGGUUGUCAUUGUACUGAUAGUUCUUGGCCGUUUAAAAUUUUGGUGGUUAGAAAUGUAGAGAUCUAGUAUCACCAAUCUUGUUGAAAGUAACAGAAGCUCACUCUCAACUUGUGGAUAUAUUUAAACUUAUCACCAUUUUGGCAAUUGUGAUAUCAGUUGUAGGCUGUUGAUGUGUCAGUUUUAGUUGCAAAUAACUGUUAACUAACAUUUUUACUCUAUUUUGCUCAAGGGUUCGUGUAUUGUGAAUGUGCGUGCAAUCAGGCAGUUUGAAUGAUUGUAGUCCAACUUCUUGCAUGAGGAUUUGUGGAGACAAAUUUUGCUAGUAAGUAUUGGCAUUCUUGAAUUCAGUUUCCAUUUCUAUGCUUUUUCUGUUUACAGAUGAUCAAUCAAUAGCAGUUCAAGUUUAAAAUAGAUUAUUAUAUAGGAGAUGAUGCAUAUGUGAUGGAUGUGCCUUCUGUAAGGUUAGCUAUAAUAACCAAAUGAUGCAAGUGGGAAAAAAGGGAAUGCUUUUUUGCAACCACUGGAUGAUUAAAGCUGGUUCACCCACAGGGCCAUGGCUUGAGUUUGUGUUUUCGGUAGCCUUGACUUCCAUAAAUUAAUUUUUAGCAACCUGGGAUGCUAUGAUACUGAGGAUUCAGGCUGAUAGAUGCCGGUUGAAAUCUCCUUAUGAUUCAGUUCUUUCGUUCUAAAGAAGAAUACCCCUUGAAAUAUGAGUCAAAUAUUGAUAGCCAAGAUUUCCUUCAAACAAAAACAUGUGCUCAUGGAAAUUGAUACUUUUUCCAGCCGCCAUAUGAAGGAAUAAAAAUGUUGGUUAGAUUUAGACCUUUUCAAGGUUUCAGUUAUUGUAUUUUAAUAAUUGAUCUGCUAGUGUUCUGCUCAUAUUUUUUUGUCUCCUCAUUUUGGCCUUGCACAUUAAGAUGAACAUGACCUGCUCACUUCUAUGGGAAUUGGUUGUUUAGGAUAUUUGUCGGUGAUAAUCUUUCUUGACCUACGUUGAGGUCACAAUGAAGUAAACUUGGGGAUCUAAGUGGGGUUUAUGCAGUUGAAAGAUGUACCACCUGGAACUGAGCUUCUUGUCUCUUUAUCUUUGGGUCUUUGCAUUUUUUUGGCAUUUGUUCUUGAAGGUAUCUCUUCUUGUACACUUUUGACUAUUGGGUUCAUAGUGAAGAUGCAGCAUCACAUGCUUUUGUCUGAGGUUACCUGAUUACCAUAAAGAGAAGUAAUCUCGUGAUCCAAUGUUUUCUGAUGAUGGGAGGUGAAAAUAAAGCCAAAUGCAUGAAAGAUGAAAUCAGCUCAAAGCACUAGGCAUACAAGGGGUCCCCAUAGAUUUCUGGCCAUGAAGCCCCAGCAACGUGCAAGAUGGGUCAGUUUCUUAUUAUUUUGUCAAGUCCUGAAAUCUAUUAUUAUUGUCAUCUGUUUAUCUUAUUUAUCUAGUAACAAGUGGACUGUGCAAAACAUGCGUUGUAUGGAGGAAGAAUAGCACAAGAAUUCUUCAUUGUGAUGAAUACUCAAUUGGGAGAUGUUUGUUUUUGUUUCUUCAUCUUUA